UCUCAGCGAAGCGCGCCAGGAUCUUGGAGACGCAGCCGUGGGAGACGAGGAGGUGCCUGGAGAUGUCACAGGGGCGGUAGCCGAGGAGGGCCAGCUGUAGAAUGCGCCAGCGGGUCACGGCAGGCUUGCUUCCAUCGGCGCGGCGGGUCACGAACGGGGGGACACACAUCGGAGACACACAGAGACGCGCGGCCACCAUGGAGCAACCAAUGGACGUGGAGGGACCCCACGAGGCCCCCCAGCAACCCCCGGGAGAGGACCCUUCCUCCAUGGACCCCCUGGAGAUGCUCGGCUUCGACAAGAGCUCCCGCCGAUCCUCGCUGGGGGCAGACUCCGUGCUGGACCAGGACUUCUGCGAGGAGGGCCCCGAGGUGGACGGCGCCGCCUCCCUUACGCCCCUGGAGACGGUGGUUGGCCUGCAGUACGCCGACGACAUCUUCAUUAACAGACGGGCGGCGGAGGCCCAUUACCACGUGCAGAACUGCAUGGUGGACCAGCCCCAGGUCACCCGACACAUGCGCUGCACCCUGGUCCACUGGCUGAUAAAAGUGAGUCAGCAGCUUCAGUUCGGCGCCGAGACCGUCUUCGUCGCGGUUGGCCUCAGCGAUCGGUUCCUGGCCACCACGCCCCUCGCUCAGGACUGUCUGCAGCUCCUGUCCCUCUGCGCUCUCUUCGUGGCGGCCAAGAUGGAGGAGAGCGUGCUGCCGCGAGUGAGUGAGCUAGCGAGCAUUUGCGGGGGCACCUACAAACACCACCACUUCAGACGUAUGGAGGUCCUGCUACUCUCCAAGCUAGAGUUCGCUCUCUACGUCCCCACCAGCUGGUACUUCCUGAACCACCUGGCUCUGAAGGCGGCGCAGAAGGGAACUAUGGACAGACGUGUGUUGGGGGUGGCCCGCUACAUCGCCGAGACGUCCCUGGGGAGCUACGACAUCACCCAGCACCGGGCCAGCGUACAGGCGACGGCGGCCCUUCUCUCCGCCCUGUCCCUCCUGCCCUGCCCCGGCCUCUACGACACCCUGCAGGAGCUGUUGGAUGAACUGUACUUGAGCCUCAUACGACCUCUCUACACUUAG